GCUUUAUACAAGAGAGUUUUUUAUUAAACAAACACCAUAGUGUUCCCACAGCCUCAAGAGCUAACAAGAAAACUGUGUCUGAUAAAGUGACUGAUGUCGCCCAUUUGUGCUCUGAUACAAAACCUGUGCAAAGUCACCAGGGCUUCCUGUUCUUCUCAGACAAAGCAAAGGACAAGUAGGACAAAAAAAGAUUUGUGCUGGCCUCAUACAGUACAUAGAAACAAAAAAGUGAUGGAUAAAGAAACUGAAAGUGCUGAGCCUAGUCAGGAUAAUGGACUUAAAGAGAUCACAGCAAGACCAGAAUGGGACAAUAAAGUGCAAUAUUUGCUAACCUGCAUAGGUUUUGCUGUGGGACUCGGUAAUGUGUGGAGAUUUCCAUAUUUGUGUCAAGUCUAUGGUGGAGGGGCUUUCCUGAUUCCUUAUAUCAUUGCCUUGGUGUUUGAGGGACUUCCUCUGCUGCAUAUGGAACUGGCCAUCGGACAACGGCUCCGCAUGGGAAGUGUUGGCGUGUGGAGUUCGAUCUCCCCAUAUCUGGGAGGUUUAGGUGUGGCUUCCAUGGCUGUAUCCUUCCUAGUUGGUCUGUUCUACAACAUGAUCUUGGCCUGGAUCCUCUGGUAUUUCUUCCACUCCUUUCAAAGUCCGCUGCCCUGGAGUGACUGCCCAUUGAACUUGAACCAUACUUGCUAUGUAAGUGAAUGUGAAAAAAGCACACCGGUGAACUAUUUUUGGUAUCGUGACACAUUGAACAUAACCCCAAACAUCGAGACCAGUGGAUCCUUGCAGUGGUGGCUCGUGCUGUGUCUUGCAUCUGCUUGGUGCAUCGUGUACAUAUGCUUCAUACGUGGAAUUGAGACUAUUGGAAAGGCCAUUUAUGUGACUGUUACCUUUCCAUAUAUUGUUUUGACCAUCUUCUUGGUAAGGUCCUUGACUCUGUCUGGGGCUACUGAUGGCUUAAUAUAUCUCUUCACACCAAAUUGGGAAACGCUAAAAAAUCCUACAGUCUGGUUGGAUGCUGCAACUCAGAUUUUUUUCUCCUUGUCUUUGGCCUUUGGGGGACUCAUUGCUUUUUCCAGUUACAAUGCUCAGAAGAACAAUUGUGAGAGAGACGCCCUAAUUGUUGGAUGUGUGAACAGUUUCACGUCAAUAUAUGCAUCGAUUCCUAUUUUUGCCAUACUUGGAUUUAAAGCAAAUGAAAACUAUGAUGCCUGCAAAAAUUGGAACAUACUUAGAUUGACCAAUGCAUUUAAUAUUGGGGAUGAAAACAUAACUCUUGAAAACUACAAUGACUGGUUAAACUAUCUCAACACAACUGAUCCCUCAGAGGUCCAAAGCCUCGAUCUCAAGACCUGUGAUCUACAGACUUUCCUGGACCAGAGUGCCACUGGAACCGGACUGGCCUUCAUUUUGUUUACUGAGGCAGUGAUAAACAUGCCAGGCUCCCAGGUGUGGGCGGUGCUCUUCUUUGUCAUGCUCUUCAGCCUGGGCCUGUCAUCCAUGUUUGGAAAUCUAGAGGGGGUCUUAACUCCACUGUUGGACCUGCACAUGGUUCCGUCCUGGAUGCCUAAGGAAAUGUUCACAGGUUUAAUUUGCCUCACCUCCUUCACUGUUGCCCUCAUCUUUACUUUGGGUUCUGGAAACUACUGGCUAGAGAUUUUCAACAGCUAUGUGGGAUCCAUGCCUCUGCUCAUCAUAGCAUUCUUUGAGAUCAUCAGUGUGGUAUACAUCUAUGGAAUAAACAGGUUUAAUGAUGACAUUGAAUGGAUGACAGGUCGGAGGCCAAACAUCUACUGGCAGGUCACAUGGCGCUUCAUCAGUCCUCUAAUGCUUCUGGUGGUUUUUGUGGCAUAUGUCAUAGUUGAGGCUGAAACACAACCAACAUAUAAUGCUUGGAACCCAGAUUAUGUGAAUUUCCCCCUUGCUGAUGUGCAGUACUAUCCUGGUUGGGUUUUUGCCAUAUGUGUGCUUUUAUCUGUCCUUCCAGUUGUCUCCAUACCUCUUGUGGCUCUCUACAAAUUCACGGGCUUCCUCAAGAACUACAUCAUGUACAGGCACAACCAAAACCCAUAUGCAGAUGAACUGUAACUGAAAAUCUUUCAA